UUGUGCACACUACAAAUUCAUCCAAACCCACCAAACACUAUUCCCAAAACCUUUCUCUCUCUUUCUCCAAUGGCUUCCAUUCCAACUUUCUCUUCUUCAUCUCUCCUACUCAAACCCAACACCAACACCAACACACUCUUUCCCCAUUCAAACCUCAGCAACAACUACCAAUCAUGCACUCUCUCUUUCACUUCUCUCUUUCCAACAAGACCCAUUUCCUCAACUCGUUCAAUUUCCAUCGCCAACUGCCGCGCUUCCUCCGCAACGGUGCCGUUUAGUCCCCCCACUGACCCGAACCCACAAUCUGGUGAACCACAGAAAACCCCAAAUCCAAAGUGGUCGGCAAGGGCUAUAAAAGCAUAUGCAAUGGCAGAAGUGGAAACAAUGAAGCUUAAGUUUCCUAAACUCGGGACUGAGCUUCUUCUCAUGGGGAUUUUGAUUGAAGGAACAAGUAGAGCUGCAAAAUUCUUAAGAGCUAAUGGAAUUACUUAUUUGAAAGUGCGCGAACAAACACUAGAGAUACUUGGGAGAUCUGACUAUUACUUCAUAGCCCCCAUAGAUCCUUGUUUGACUGAGCCACUUCAGAAAGCCCUCGAUUGGGCAAUUAACGAGAAAUUAAAGUCAGGUGAAGAAGGAGAAACAAAUGUGACUCAUUUACUUUGUGGAAUUUGGUCACAAGAAGAAUCGGCAGGUCGAAAGGUCUUGUCUGCUUUGGGUUUCAACGAUGAAAAGGCCGAAGAAAUUGCUAAAACAGCAGCUAGGGGAGAUAUUGAUUGGAAUAUCAAGAAUAGGAGUUUUCUGGGCAUAAAGGGUUGAUUGAUUGAUCCCUAUUGAACCCUGGUGUUACAAGUUUCUCUAGAGAAAAUUGACCAUACAUUCCAUCAAGUUUAACAACCAGUGGCUACAUUAAUGUCCUUUAGAUUUUCAUGUCAAAUACUGUUGUACAAUGAUUAGAGAUUAUAAAUUUCUCAUUCUUUUUAUACAAAUAUAUUUUGAAUGUUAGUUUUAA